UUGUUGUUAAUUAUUUUUCUGCCUCGUAACGUUGGAUCGAGGACCGAAGACCCUCGCAGCAGUCGGUUACAUGCCGUUGUCGCUGAUGUGCUUACAGUUUUUAAAGCACCACUGCCUCCACACAAGGUUUCCAAUGCGAUUGCCCUGAAUCGAAACGAUUUUUUUUCCACAGAUUUGUAAUCGAGCACACGACAUGGAAUCCAGAAAAAAAUGGGGCGCCGGAACGUUGUUACUCCUAACUGGUGUAGCAAUAAACAUCCAAAUCCGUACCGCGGCAGCAGCUUCGCUUUACAGCCCACGGCGCACCCCAUCCAAAUUUGCCGAAUCGUGUGAAAAAGUUUGUAUCACCGAAAAUUGUUUCGUCAAAGCUCAGCAUUUCCUGGACAUCAUGAACACGGAAGUGGAUCCUUGCGACGAUUUUUAUCAGUUUGUCUGCGGAGGCUUCAUACGGCAAAAAAACAUCAUAGACGAGGCCGUGGUCGUCAAUCCGUUUUCCCUGGCGCAGAUGACGCUGUCUAAUGAAAUUUACACGGAUAUCGCGGCGCCGAUCAGAUACACCGACCUCGAGGCGUUCAAGAAAACCAAGAAUUAUUACAGAAGCUGCAUGGAUCGAUUUAGGGUCGAGAAGGAGGGUGUGAGGCCGGUCAUGGAAAUAUUGGACAAAAUCGGCGGUUGGCCCGUACUGAUGGGAGACCAGUGGAACGAGAGUAGUUACGACUGGAGGGACACGGUGUACAGAAUAAGAGAGGAGGAGUUUUUCAUUUUUUUCCCCAUCGUUGCGACCAUCGAGAUCGACUUCAAAAAUUCAUCCAAGUACAUGAUAAAGGUACAAAACGCCGUCACUACCAUCAGUCCGAUGUUUAUGCUGGACGAUCCGGACAAGAAGCUUUUGAAGGCGUACUUUGACUACAUGAUGAACGUCACGGUGUCGCUUGGGGCGGAUAACGAGACGGCCCACCGGGACAUGAAAGCCGUACUCGACUUCGAAAUCGAGCUCUUUAACAUAAAAACACCGGCCGAGGAGAUGGUGAACGUAACGGAGGUGGACAACCAAAUGUCGAUCCGAGACCUGUCCCGCAAGUACCCGAGCAUCCCUUGGCUGAACCUCCUGAACAAAAUGUUCAACCCGAGCGGCGUGUUCGUCAACGACACGGAAACGAUAUUCGUCGCCGAUCUUGACUACAUCCCCAAACUGGAGUACCUACUUAAAGCCACCCCGAAAAGGGUAGUGGCGAAUUACUUGGCCUUCUACCUGACCCACGUCACGCUCAUGUACAUGCCCGAGAGGCUCCGGCAGGCCGUCUUGGACUUCAACAACGUCGUCGAAGGUACCAAACAGUCGAUGAAUCGCGAGUCCUGGUGCUUGAACGAGAUCAUGGAGGCCUUCCCCAUAAGCGUAAGCGCCAUGUACGUCAGAAAGUACUUCAACAAAGACAUGAAGGACAGCGUCCUCGAGCUCGUGAAAAAUAUCAAGGAUCAGAGUAAAAAGAGACUGAAAGAGGUCGACUGGAUGGACGACGAGACGCGGAAAGCGGCGCUGGAAAAGCUGGAAUCCAUGGGUAUAUCGGUAGGUUUCGCCGACGAGUUGAUGGACGAUCGAAAAGUCGACGAUUAUUACAAGGAGCUGGUGAUAACGCGGGGUAAUUAUCUGAAGGCCGCGUUCAACGUCAGUUCGUUCCUGGUCAAGCAAAAUUACAAGGUUCUGCGAAAACCCGUGGACAAGAACCUCUGGACCCUCAGCCACAACGCGGCGGUCAUCAACGCUUAUUACAUACCCCAGAAAAACAUCAUAGAAAUACCGGCCGGCUUCCUGCACUCGUUUUUCAAGCCCGACAUGCCGAACUACUUGAAUUACGGCUCGAUCGGUAGUAUAAUCGGCCACGAGAUAACCCACGGUUUCGACAAUCAGGGCCGAAAACACGACAAACGCGGAAACCAAAACAAUUGGUGGCAAACCAGCACGGAGGAGCACUUUUACCGCAAGGCGCGUUGCAUCAUCGACCAGUACAACAAUUUCACCGUCAAAGAAGUCGGGCUCAAUGUGAACGGGGCCAGGACGCAGGGUGAGAACAUAGCCGACAACGCUGGUUUCAAAAUGGCCUACUACGCGUACAACGAGUGGAGCAAAAACGUGACGGAGCCGUGUCUGCCGUACCUGUACUACUCGCAGAAGCAAUUGUUCUGGAUGAGCGCGGCGAGCAAUUGGUGCACCAAGGAACGACCCGCUUACUUGCGGGACAUCCUGUCGACGGAUCCUCACAGUCCCGAGUCAGCGAGGGUCACCCUGUCGUUUUCCAACAUCAAAGAGUUCUCCGACGACUUUGGCUGCAGGCUGGGGUCGAGGAUGAAUCCGGAGAACAAGUGCGUCAUUUGGUGAUAUUGCGGGGGAGGGGGGGGGAGCCGAUUCCUUCGACUAUAUAAUAUGCGUUCUGUGAGUUUGCAUGGACGUUGUCUUGGUGUUUUUUAGAUUUUUUGGGUGGAAUGUCUUUUUUUCUCUUCAUCCGGACGAUGCGAACCAAUAGCGGUUUCUUUCGUCAUACCGCAUAUCGGAUUGUGCGAAGAGAAAAAGCAACAACAAAAAAAACUCGUUUUGAUAGAGGAGUUUUCAAUGAAUGUACAAAGCUUUCAAACAUAUAAAUAUGUAUCAACAUGUGUUGAAAAAACAAGUGCCGUUGCGUUGAGAUCGAAUAAUAAGAGAUGGGUCCUACCAUGGACCCCAUUUAGUGUAAAAUUUGUUUUAUCCAUGAUUUAUAAAAUAAGGUUACUUUAUUUUGUAAGAUAAAUUUUGUAAUUGACGAGUGAUUUUUAUGUCUUAUCAAUAAAGUAAUGAAAAAUUUUCUAAUAAAAUUCA